CUCUCUUAGUGGUGGACUUGGACGCGGAACGGAUGGAGCCGGAAGCCGGCGGACGGAACAUUGAUGGGGAUGGACCGGCGGUGCUGCCGGAGAUGAGCGACGAGGAGUUGUUGGCGGCAGAGCUCGAGUUCAGCGAAGGGACUCAGCAAAGUGAAGGAGACAAUUACACUUCCAGCAAGUGUAGCGAGUCUAACCAGACUGGCCAUGGAACAGACAAAGCUUCCUGCAGUGGACAUGAGCAAUCUUCCAUUCAGCUGGCUGUGUCAGGGAAUGGAAGUGAUUCUCAGUGUGAAGGCAGCAGCUUCAAAAGGAUCCCACAGGAGCGGUUUGAUCGAAAGUACCUGAGUGUCACAGAUCUGAGUCAACAGGCUUGGUGCGAACAGCAGGUGGUCUAUGGGAUGGAAAUGCCGCACGUUCAACGACUACGUGAUGAGCAUCCAGUUGUGAAAACUGGUAGCAGCAUUCAUCUGGCAAGAGAAUUGGAGAUCCAGGACAUUGUCCCAAUCAAUAUACAGUGCCAAGAAGAUAGUUGGGGUGUUAAACUUCUUAAUUUUCUCUCAAUGAUCCAGUUCUUGCAGACAGGAGAGCGUGUCCGAGAGUUGCCUGUGUUUGGAGAAGUGGAGGGGAUUUUCCUGGUUGGUGUGAUUGAUGAGUUGUGCUAUAAUUCCAGUGGUGAACUGGAACUCCGUGAACUGAAAACUCGUGGUCAACCAACAUUACCCCAUGCAGCCCAAAGGAAGAGCCAUCACUUACAAGUCAGUGUAUACAAACUUCUCUUUGAGGCUCUGAUCAAAGGCCAGCUGAACAAAGACACAAUCAUUCACCAUCUUCACUUACAAACAGAGCGGAGCUUCAGUUCAGAGGUCAUGGCAUAUGCUGAGAUGAUAGGAUUGUCUGUAAACACAUUUGGUGACCUCUUGGAUUUAAUUUUUUUGAACCUGAUGUAUGCCGAGAUCCCCACCAUUGAUGUCCUAAAGAUAGAAUACUGUUACCAAGCUGAUGCAUCUGUAAUUGGGACAGAAGUGGUGUGCUUUGAAGAGGAGUGGGUUAAAAAGGAGCUGAAAUAUUAUUGCUCCUUCUGGAAGGGCCAGAGGGAGGCCAAGGGGGUGGACAUCGAGGAGGCCUGGAAAUGUCGGACAUGCGACUUUGCCGAUAUUUGUCAAUGGAGAAAGAAGAAAGCUGAAGAAGCAGCAGAGAAGAAUCAAGCAAAUCGUAGAAAAUGAGGAUCAAGUUUUAGUUUAAAGGGGCAAUCAAAUUUCUUCUCUAUUGUUAGCAUGCCAGGUAGUGAACUUGUUAACAAUGCCUCUUGAUAAAUGAAACACAUCAUUGCCAAUGUAUCAUUCAGCUGGCCAGGAUACACACUCGACCAAGGAGCCAUGCUCACAGAAGAUUAUGUUAUCAUUCACGAGGAAAUCUGCAGAUGCUGGAAAUUCAAGCAACGCAUACAAAAUGCUGGUGGAACACUGCAGGCCAGGCAGCAUCUAUGAGGAGAAGCACUGUCUAUGUUUCGGGUUGAGACCCUUUGUCAGGACUAACUGAAAGGAAAAAAGUCCUCAUGAAGGGUCUCGGCCGGAAACGUCAACAGUGCUUCUCCCUAUAGAUGCUGCCUGGCCUGCUGUGUUCCACCAGCAUUUUGUAUGUGUUGCUUAAGUUAUCAUUAUUGGUUUUGUACUGCCUCAGUCCAGUACCCUGUGGAAAGCACCUUUACAUGUGAAAUGCAUUGGGAUACUGACAGCUGCUUAGCUGUUUGCAGAUCUAUAGCAAUCUGGACAAAUAGCUGUACUAGUGGACCAGGUAUGCUAAGAGGCAACAUUACUUGCAGCAUUUCUUGAAAUUUAACCAAAUACCAUGUCACUAUUAUGAAGGAAAUACAGUCCUGCGUGUGUUUGUGGGUUUUCUGGCCAAAUAUAGUUGAUGUGGCAGGGAGGACGAUGGGGAGUUUUGUGGCACAUUUCAUAACCACAUAAUGUUCCAAGGAACUACUAAUUGCUGAGGUUGUUAAUUGUGAUUAUUAUUGUGCUGUGGCUUGACAGUUGAACUUAACUGAUUGUAAACAGUAGUUCAACCAGUAUAUUUAGACAAAGUCAACAAUUUUCUUCCAUUUCAAAGAAAUGGAACCACAGCUUAAUGCUUUGCUAUCAGAACAGUCUGACUUAAAGUUUUUAGAAUCACCCUCAGUGGUGACAAAUUUACACUUGUAAACUAUAGGAAGGAAAUCUGAGGGCAAAAUAAUAAUUCUGGAAUUUUAUAUUCAAGCUUAUUAUCAUUCAACCAUACUUAUGUGCACAGCUGAACAAAACAACAUUCCUUUGGGAGGAACCCAGGUUCAAACCUCAGUACAUAUGUAAUAUGAAGUAAUAUUAACACUAUUAUCAGAAAAUUAAAAAGUCCUGUAGAUGUACAAGUUGACAUACUGCAUUUGUGACAUAUGGUUAAAUGCUACUGCUGCUGUCAUAAAUAAUGUAGUAGCAAGGUGUCUACUUUUCAUUCUUUAGUUAUUUUUACCUUUAACCUUCUGGCGUAAUCAUAACCACUACAGUCUAGCAACACUAUGACCACAUUGAUCAUUUUGCAUUAAAAAUUAACUUCUAAUUGUGUUAUUUCUUGUAAAAAGUGUGUACUUUAUGUUGAGUCAUUGUCAUACAGCACUUAACAUGCCAUUCAGCCCAACUAGUCUAUGCCAACCAAGAUGCUUCUUCCAUGCUAGCCCAUUUACCAGUGUUUGGUCCAUAACCUUCUAAACAUUUCCAAUCAUGUACUUAUCCAAUGCUCUUAUUUCCAAUUGCCCACAUAUAAUCAUCUGGGGUUGGUAGAUAGCACAUUCGCCUUUCUCCAGGCAGUUGAAUGAAUCCAUCAAGUUAGUGAGCAUUCUGGCACAAGAUGCUUUUAUUAAAAAAUGUUUUCCAUUUCCUCAUUCAAUCUUGUAAUCAUCGUUCACUUCUGGCAUUUUAUUCAGAGGUUAGUGUUCAAUAAAAAAGCCUUCAUAUUUCCACAGUAUUGGUAAGCUUCUGGUACUGAUGAUUGAGAAAGAUUGAUCCAUGGAUUGUUGUACAAUUUCUAGAAGAUGGUUGAUGCUCAGCAAAAAUUCCAAGUAGGUAAUAACCAAAUUGGUUACAGUAGAAAUAGUCUGUGGAGGUGUGGAGUAAAGUAGAAUGGGGCAUUUGUAAUGAUGAAAGAGGCAAUGAUGCAAAGACUGAAUGUUGCAGCUGUACCAGGAGAUAAAACACUUCAGAAAGUCAUAAAGUGGCAGAAACAGCCCCAUCAGCCCACUGUGUCUAUGCCUGUCAUCAUAUACCAAUGUGUAUUAAUCCCUUUUUGCAUCCUUCUCCCUUUGGCCUUUAUGCCAUGGUAUUUGAAGGGGUAAUCCACAUUCUUUAUAAAUCUUGGAGAGUACUUGUUUACCAUUGUCCCCUCGGGCAGUGCAUUCCAGAUUUCAACCACCCUCUAGAUGAAAAAAAAAUUCAAGUCUCCUUUGAAUCUUUUUCCCUGUACCUUAAACUUGUAUCUCUGCUGGAUAUAGGUAUCUCUGCUUGAGGGGAAAAGUUUCUAAUUACCCUCACACAGCUGGAUGCAUCUAUGUAAAACUACAGGUGCUCAGCAGAUUUAAGGAGAAAAAGGCUUUUACAGUAUCUUAAACAGGAAAAUAUUAAAUAUGAAACAUAAGAAUUUGCAUACUGAUAUUACAACUAAUAAUUACGGAGCCUUUGACCUGUUGAAAGGUAAGCUGCAGUUGAUGUUAAGCAUUAUAACAAUGUUUAUAAGCUUGAAGUUUGUAUGGUGCCCAGAGCUAUUUUUUGACAAAAUAUAAUUUAUUGUGCCCCAUGUACUUAGUGCACUGAAAUGCUUUCUACAGUUUUAAACCUUAAGCAACAGUUGCUGACAUUGUAAUAUUUUGUAUUAAUUCUCUAACCAUGAUCCAUGAUCAUAAAUAAUAAAAACUUGAGUUUGUUCUG